AUUAGGGGAGUAAGAGCAAGGGGAGAAAAACAGACAGACAAAGUGAGAGGCGGGGUACACCUGACCUGAAGAAGGGAGGGCUGCUUCCCUGCUAGCCACAUCCCUGCUACACACAUACAUAUAUUCCAAAUCAUACAUACACGCGCCCACAGUGCUAGCAGGCAGAGGCAGUGAGCCAGCCAGCAGAGAGCCUGCCAACCAGCAGCCAUGACAGACACUGACUCUCUGAGUGAGGCACUGAAGGCUCUCAGUGUGAGCACAGAGCUGAUUGAUGAAGAGCUCAAGCCUCAUUUGGAUACAGUGCUGGGUGCACUGCUGGAAAAGAAGAAAGAUGCUGCUACUGACAUUGCCAGAAGUGGGAUUCUACCCACACUGGCUCAGGCCUUACAGAGGAAAAGCAGCCUGAACUGCCAGGUGGCUUUGGUGGUGGCAGAAAUGGCCCGAGAAGCUGCAGUGAGGGAGCCAUGCAUCGAGGCAGGCCUGGUGAAGGUGCUGGUACCCCAUCUGAACAGCGAUAACCAGGAAAUGCUGCUGAACUCUGGCAGGGCCAUUGGGCGCAUCUGCUUUGACAACUCACACCAGCAGGACCAGCUGGUCCAGUGUGGUGUGAUCCCCAGGCUCGUUUCCAUAAUGAGGAAGUAUCCGCAGAACGAUCCACUGGUCAAUGUUUGUCUGCUGGCCUUGUGUAACCUGGCAGACAUGGACUCUGCAAGGGAGGCCCUGGCUGAGCAGAAGGUGGCAGAUGUGCUGACCUUUCAGCUGAAACAGGCUCCUGAUGCUGAGCGCCGACAUGUCAUUUUGGAAAUACUGGGCUCUCUGGGUGAAAGCGAUACACUGAAACUCCAGUUUGCAGAGUCAGGAGUACCAGAAGCUUUAUCAGAGAUGAUUCGGGGUCUGCAGGGAGGGUCUGACCCCCAUGACCUGUGCAGCAUCAAGAUCGCCUCCAACCUAAUAGUGUCCCUGCUUUUAGGAGAUGAGUCUAUGCAGAAGUGUUUUGGUGAAGGAUCAGGUCUGGUUUACCAGGACGUUCUGUCCUGGCUGCAGAGCUCCAACACCCAGCUGCAGCUCUCAGGAGCCCUCGCCAUCGCCAACUUCGCCAGAAAUGACAGUAACUGUGUGAAGAUGCUGGACCUCGGAGUUGUUCCUCACAUCCUGACACUGUUGGAGCAGCACGUAGACGAAGGAGACGUGUCUGUUCAACAUGCCGGACUAAGCGCACUCAGAAACCUCGCCAUUCCUGCCACCAACAAAGUGCAGAUGCUGGAGGAUGGGGUGACGGAGAGGAUAAAGACCCUGCUGCGCUCUGACAUGCCACCAGUUCAGUUCAAACUGCUGGGAACUCUGCGUAUGAUGGUGGAUGGACAAGAGGAAGCGGCCUUAGUGCUGGGGAGAGAUGCCGUCCUGCUGGAUCGGAUCAUGGAGUGGUGUGAGGCCAAAGACCACGCAGGAGUCCGAGGAGAAGCCAGUCGCCUUUUGGCUGCCCUCAUCAGACACAGUCGGAGCCCCGAAGUGGUCCGUGAAGUAGCCAGAGCCAAUGGAAUUCGGCAUCUUAUCUCUAUGGCAACAAGUGAGCAUGUCAUCAUGCAGAAUGAGGCCCUGGUUGCCCUGGCGAUCACCACAGCCAUUGACAUUGAGUCUAUGAAGGAUCCUUUUCGGGAGGCAGAGCUUUUACCCAUGCUGAAGAAGAUGUUGGAGGAUCCUGUGGGAGCGGUCGAGGUCAAGUUCAGUGCUUUAGGUCUCAUUUGCAGCCUGGCUAACUCCAGUGUAAUGAAGGAGGAGCUGAGCUCUGUGAAUAUGAAGGAAAGCAUCAGUAAACUGACAGAUCAUAGCAGCAGUAAACUCGCCUCCCAGGCCAGCUCCAUACUGACCGUUCUCAGUGACACCAACUAACCCAGCAUCCUGCAGCAACAGAGGACCUCAUCAGUUGUAUGGAUUUAUCCGGCUCGUUCAGUGACAUGUUUCAAUUAAAAAUAUAUUACUGCACAUAUAUUGCUAAAUAUUGAAUUGGCUUCUAAACUGUCACCUGUUUUGUAAAAAUUAAGAACCCUGUUUAGUGGUGGUGUGUGUAUGUUGCAUGUGUGGCAGACAGCAGAUUAUAGGGGCUUAUCAGUUAUGUGUGUUAUUUCCUCAUUUGAUAUGCUCUAAAGAAAAACACUCUGCACAAUCCAGACAUCAUCGUUUGUUAAGCUAAUUUUUUUCAUGUUUUCCUGUGAUCAGCAAUAAUCAGCACAGCCUUGGGUGUAUGUCCACCUCUGAUGGUAUCUUUGCAGAGUGUUCUGCUGCACAUUCAUGAACCAGAUAAGUCUGCAAGGCAUGUGCAUAUAGGACUCAAACACUCUCCAAACAGAAGGAAUAUCCAGAUAAAAUGUAUCCAGUCUCAGACAGUCACCAUGAUGGAAAAUAAAAUUCUCUGGAGAACAUACCUGUUAGGUGGA